AUGCCACAGAACCGUGAAAAGGGCCGCCGCCAGAAAAGAGAGUGCUAUAUCAGAAGCGUUUUCCUCUUUCCAUCCCUCUCUCAAUCUCUCUUUAUAUAUCCUAUCCCUUCCUUUCUAAUCCUUUCUAAUUUCCUCUCUCUUUUUCUCUCUCUUUCUCUCUAUCUCUCUUACUCUAUGUUUUUCUUUUUACUCUCUUGCAACCUCUUUUUCUCUCCUAUCUUUCUCUCUCUCUUUCUAUCAGUUUUUCUCUCUCCUUCUCUUCUUGUCUGUCUUUCUACCUCUCUUUCUCUCCUCCCUUAUUCUCUCCUUCUAUGUCACACUACCUUUUUCUCCCAACCUAUCUACGUCUUUUCCCCUUUCUCUAUACUUCACUUUCUCAUCUCCCUUACUCCCGUUCUCCUAAUAUCUAUCUAUCUAUCUAUCUAUCUAUCUAUCUAUCUAUCUAUCUAUCUAUCUACUUCAAUUUCUAUCUAUCCUGAGAUUACUGCUUCUUUUUUUAAGUGUCUGAUGUCAUAUUUUAAACCAAGAUUCACCUUCAACCUAGCUGACAAAAAAUACUGUAACCACAUUUCUUUUUUCUUUCUUUCUUUUUCAUUUUCUCCAUUACUCUAUGUUCUCACUCUUUUUUUUUUCAUUUCUCUCUUCUCUCUCGUCCCCUCUCUCUCUCUCGUCCCUCUCUCUCUCUCUCUCUCUCUUACGCUCUUUCUCACUUUUCUAUCUAGCACCCUCUUUUUUCUCACUCACUUUUCUCUCUCUUUUUUAUACCCAUCAAUGCCUUUUGUCGUUUAA